CCGAAGGACUCAAAGGCGUCGGCUGCCCCUCUGGGGCUGCAGACGGCCACGGUGUUGCUGCUGCAGUGUUGCAGUGGGUUUACACAAUGGAGGAGGUCAAGGCGCUGCUUGGGAGCUGGCUGGAGGACUCAGGCCAUGAGGUCACCGCUACGUCCUUGAGCCUCGAGCUACGAGUGCCUCUGCUGCUUGCUAAGAAGUAA